UAAGGCUGAAACGAGCACGCUUUUAGCAAGCUUGAUUUCAAUGAAGUAUAAAGGCAAGGGUAAUGUUCGGGAGUACAUCAUGGAGAUGUCUCAUCUUGCUUCAAAACUUAAGGCUUUGAAACUUGAGUUAUCUGAUGAUUUACUCGUGCAUUUGGUUCUCAUCUCUCUUCCUGCACAAUUUAAUCAAUUCAAGGUCAGUUAUAACUGUCAAAAGGAUAAAUGGACUCUUAAUGAGCUCAUUUCAUUCUGUGUGCAAGAGGAAGAGAGAUUGAAGCAAGACAAGACCGAAAGUGCUCAUCUGGCUAGCACUUCCAAGGAUAAGGGCAAACGAAAGAAUAAGGAUAAUAAGGUUGCUGCUUCUAAUGGCCUAGAACAAAAGAAACAGAAAGUUGAGGUAACAUGUUUCUUCUGUAAUAAGCCUGGACAUACUAAGAAGGAAUGUACCAAGUAUGCUGCUUGGCGUGUUAAGAAAGGGUUGCCUGAGUUACCGAAAACCAAGUGAUGCUGAAAGAUGCAUCUAUGUCGGAGACGGUCAGUCGGUAGAAGUGGAGACAAUAGGGCAC